AAGCGGAAGAUUGCAUAAAAUUUGAGUGGUUUUAUUUUUUGUCAUCUCACAUUGUUUCGUCAGCCGCAUUGUCUGAUUUGUGUGAAGUGUUCUGAAGGAAUUAAAAAAUUGAUUUUCAAUCAUCAUCAUUAAAAAAUUGAUAUCAAUUUGAUAUUACCAAAUGUUAUCACCAGCAGAUCUUGCAAGUGGAGCCGUCAACUAUCUAACUGGAGAAAAUAAUAGACAAUUUAUAUUGUACUAACAAGUGUGAAAGAGGAGGUUGACCACGAUUCGUUCAUACUUUUACUUUCAAUAAUUUUUGUCAAAAUUGAAAUACCACGAUGAAUGAUAAAGGCGAAUCCCCAGAGGAAAAUUACUUCAGGCUCCACCGCCUCAUCUACAACACGGCUCCCAACAUCUUUCGACAAGAAUUCUGUCGACUCUGGUCCCAGCUUUGUGGCACUACUUGGCAAAAUUUACCACAAUUUGGUCUCCAAUUUAUUAAUGGACCUGGGAGAAUGCAGUACAUGAACAGUCAGAAAAUUCAACAGCAUCAACUCACUUCCGGAAACAACAUGACUUGGGAUCUUCCCCUUCUCUUCGAAAGUAUCGGAUCCAUGAGCAGAGCACUUUCUCUGGUGCAACCUUAUGGCGACUUUGAUGAACUCAAAAGAUUGCGAAAUACUCUCGCCCAUAGGGGAAAUACGGAACUUGAAGAAAAACAGUUCAUUGAACAUUGGAAUAAAGCAAUAAGUAUUUUAAAGAAGUUUGGCUUGAAUGAAGACGACGUAGCAGUUGGCGUUAAGGAGAAUGUUAAAUCGGGGCCUAAUAACGAGGAGGAAGAGUUAAUAAAUUCUCACAUUGAGAAGCUGAAGGAAGAAGGGAAUGUAUUCUUUAAUAAAAGAGACUUCUGGAAAGCUAUCAAAGUUUAUACCGAAGCCAUAAGCGCCGAGAAGGUGGCCUCUGACCUACUUGGGGCACUGUAUUCAAAUCGAGCUGCCGCGUUUAUCGAAGUGGAAUUCCUUGAGAAGGCAAAAGACGACGCCAAAACCUGCAUAAAUCUCAGACCACAAUGGGGCAAGGCAUACUACCGCCUUGGGACGGUGUACGAGAAGAAAGGGAAAUUCGAUAAAGCCUUGCAAAAUUACAAAACUGGUCACAAGUUUGAUCCGAAAAAUUCUACAAUUCUCAAUAAAAUGCACCAUGCCUCCUACAUGCUGGAAAAGUUGAAACGACAAGAGCACAUGGACCCGCAGAUGAUCCCACCAACCGAGAAGGAGAUGCAAGACCGAGCCAUUGACAUUGCUGGACCUUUUGGUAUCCUAAUGGGGGACAUGUUACAGAGGAAACUAAAUCUUGAGGAUGGUUCGGAAAACAUUUGCAUUGAAGCGGAAAAAUAUCUAUUUGGUUACGGUGGGUACAAGAGGGACGUGGAACAUGCCGCUGUUUUGUUUGCAAAGGCUGCAGAAAAAGGCGACGCUCUCGGCUUAUACCGACUCGGGCAGUUAAUGAUGGAGGGAAAUGGAGUCCAAGUGGAUAUGAUCCAGUCGUUGCAACUUCGUCGCAGAGCAGCAGAAAUGGAUCCUCUUAUAGAAAAGUAUCCCGGAAGUGGGAAGAAGACGAUCCGAAUUGGAGUUAGAGAAGCUCAACAUUCCCUCGGACUCAAUUAUGCUGAUGGAUGCGUGGUUAUGCAGGAUUACCAGCAGGCAGAAUAUUGGUACAUGAAAGCACUUCGGAACGGGUACAGUUUCUCCGCUUUGAAUAUCGGCAUUUUAUACUCGCGUGGGCAAGGACGUCCAGUUAAUUGGAGAAAAGCGGUCGAGUUUUGGAAGGUGUCUGCCCUGUUGGGGGCGGUUCGCGCCAUGGAGACACUCGCUCGGCAUUAUUUCUUUAAGGACCUCCAUCCUACCGCUGUGCAAUGGUACGCUUACGCCCAACACCACAAAUCUUUGGAUCACAACCUUCGAGGAUUGUUUUCUGAACUGGAGAUGCCGACAAAUUUUGAUCCCGACCUCUUCGAAGACGAAUUGGACUCUGAGCUCCUGGCUAAUGUUAACACUAAAGAUUUUGUCAAUCUUAAAGACUACGAAGUCGAUUUUACCGGACUAGAACGAAGUAGAGAGAGGAGGAAGAAGCGGUUAGAAAAAGAGCAAGAGCUGGAUUUCCCUUCGCACCGAAAAAAACUAAUAACAGACCACAGAGAGAUGUAUAAAUCAAUAAGAGACAAUUUGAAUAAUAUGGAAAACACAACCAAGAAGAUUCUCUCAAAACAGGGUAAACUAUUACCCUCCACAUCACCAAAUCUCAUCGGAUUAAAUUCCAUUACAUUUAAAGAGUUGGAUAAGUCGGUAGAGGACAAGAUUUACGAAGGCUUCGCCCUCAAGGUCACUGUAAUUGAGGAGGUCGUCAUCCUGAGAGCUGUCACUGUACUUGCUGAAGACGGUGAAGGCGGUCUGGGAAUAGUUUCCAUCUACAAUUACCCCCACAGGCCGGAAACGCUUGACGAGAUUGGAUUUGGGUGUUGCUUUACAAUUGUCAACCCAUAUUUUAGGAAAGCGAAUGAUGGGCGGUGGGCUGUUCGGGUGGAUGAUCCAAACUUAAUUAUGAAACAUCCCAUGCUCAAGGCGACCCACCGCUGCAGAUAUUGUGGCAAGUCGGACUACCCUGAAAAGGAAAGGAUUACUUGUCGCCAUUGUAAAAGGGUGUCCUAUUGCUCCAAAGAUUGUCGACAUAAGGAUGCAACAGAGCUUCAACAUAAUUUCGUUUGUUUUAAAAACAUUCUCAAAGGAUACCUUUAAUUUGCCGAGAUUUUUCGCUAACACAUUUGUAAGACUAAAUGCAUAUUGUUCUACCUUUAACUUAGGAUAAAUUCGAUCAAUAAUUGAUGCAUGCAUCGAUAUAAUAUCUAUUUAUCUAAAUUUCUUUCUACUCGUCAUUUAUAUAUUAUUUGACCUUCGAUUGUAAUGGUCUUUAAAUUUGCAAAAUCUUAAUAAACAACUUGUAUUAUAGAAA